GAAAUGGAAGACGAUAUUCAUGACUUUGAAAUUGUUACCAACAAUAACCCACACCUGACCAACCCUGACUCUCUUGGUAUUUAUAACAUCAACCAAGUAGAAUCUUACAACGACAAUACUUCCGUGUGUCCUAUUCCACCUGGCUCUCCAGCUUAUUCUUCUUCUAUGUCUAGUUCUUCGCGAGAGUUUUCCUCGACUCUUGUAAAUGGUUCCCAACAGGACUUUUCAUAUGAGCCGUAUCAUGAUGAUCCUGAAGAGGCUUCAACUACCCAACUGAUAUAUACUUCUUUUGACGGUCCCAUUGACACUGAUAAUGGAAAAUGUCCGAUAAGCAUCGAUGAAGAUAAUGAUUAUCAUUCUAACGCAUCAAAACCAUAUGCAAGAAAAUUAAGGAUCGCUAUAGUAAUAUCAAUGUUAUUUUUUGUUCUGGAGCUAGUUGGUGGUUGGAUCGCUGGGAGUUUAGCUCUAUUGAGUGAUUCGUUUCAUUUAUUAAGCGAUAUAAUAAGUUUUGCUAUAUCACUUUUAUCCAUAUAUCUUGCCCAUAGGCCCGCUUCUAGAUCGCAUUCAUAUGGCUACCAUCGAGCUGAAAUUUUGGGCGCUCUUGCUUCAAUUCUCCUUAUAUGGUUACUUACCGGAUAUUUAUGUGUUGAAGCCUAUGAACGGAUACAACACCCACAGAAUGUGAAUGGGCUGACGAUGUGUAUUGUCGCUUCUAUAGGGCGCGACCAUAGCCACGACAAACAUCAUGGUCACCAUCAUUGUAGUGAUAAUGUCAAUGUUAAAGCAGCUAUACUUCAUGUUUUGGGUGAUCUCCUCUCAUCGUUUGGUGUUCUAAUUUCAUCGAUAGUAAUUACGAUUGACCCAGAUAAAUCAUGGGUUGAUCCAUUGUGUACAUUUAUCUUUUCUGUUUUUGUUAUGGUUUCAACAUUUGGAAUAGUGCGAAGUAGUAUAAGAGUUUUGAUGGAAGCUACUCCGACACACAUUGAUGCACAAGCUGUAAGGAUUGAUUUAGCGAAUAUCCAUGGCGUAAAGAGUGUUCAUGAUUUACAUAUAUGGGAUCUAACUGUUGGAAGGACAGCUCUCACUGCACAUCUUCAGCUUUACCCAUAUGUUCCAGAAAUUCAACGAGAACCUUUAAUGCCCACCCAAAUAUUAGCGGAGGCUAGACGUAUGUUGAAAGAUAAAUAUAGCAUCUUACAGGUGACUAUUCAAGUCGAAUAA